UUUUCCGACAUAUUGCUGAUGAUUACUACAAUCAUGCGUACCAUACAUACGUACAUAUAUGUAGGGUAAUAACUCGACUGUAUUCUAUAUUUGUUUCAUAUAAAACAAUAGUUUUCUUUCGAUUGUAUUGAAUCAUUUAUAUAAAUUAUUUGAAUUAGAAAAUUUAUUUGUAUUUAAUAAUAUGUGGGCAGACACUAUUUUAAUUGUUUUCAUUAGUGUAUGUACAGCAUUAUUAGGUGAAGGAUUAACAUGGUUGAUGGUGUAUAGAACUGAAAAAUAUCAGAAAUUAAAAGCAGAAGUAGAAAAACAGAGUAAAAAAUUGGAAAAAAGAAAAGAAGCUCAUGGCGAUUCAUUAGAUAAACAACAAAAAAAGAAAAUAGAACGUGAAGAAGAAAGGCUAAAAAAUAAUAAUAGAGAUUUAUCGCUUGUAAAAAUGAAAUCUAUGUUUGCAAUUGGAUUUGCAUUUACUGCCCUUUUGAGUAUGUUUAAUAGUAUAUUUGAUGGCAGAGUAGUAGCAAAAUUGCCAUUUGUACCAAUAAGUUGGAUACAAGGUUUAUCACAUAGGAAUCUACCAGGCGAUGAUUAUACAGAGUGUUCUUUUAUAUUUCUGUAUAUACUUUGUACCAUGAGCAUUAGACAAAAUAUUCAAAAAAUGCUCGGCUUUGCUCCUUCAAGAACAGCUAGCAAACAAAGUGGUAGUAUCUUCGGACCGCCACCUCAACAAUUUAAAUAAUUUUAAAUUAUAAAAAAAUAAAUACAUUUGUAUAUUA